GUUUCAUCCUCCUGCCCUGAAUACCGCACAGCCGGGGAGGCAUGAAGACUGAGAUAAACUGGAUACACCGCUACAGGAUACACGGAAGAGGACGGAGGACGCUCUGAUAUGCUGUACUCGAGGUAAAAUGGAUGAGCGCCAGACCCACGUGAAGCUAAGUGAGGAGAAACUCAUACCAAAGUCUGACAUCCUGGCGCUGCUGAGGACGUAUAACUGUUACCAUGAAGGGAAAAACUUCCAGCUGAGGACUCGAGAGGAGGAUGGAGAGCUUAUCCUAGAGGGGUUGUUGAACAUCUACUGGGGUCUACGUCGACCAAUCAGACUUCAGAUGUAUGAUGACAAUGAAAGAUUUCAUCUGAACCGGAAUGACAGGUCAUCUGUGGGGAAGCAGUUAUCAGAGGAGUCUAACAAUAAUUCAGUGAGCAGUGAAAAUGGACCAGCUGGAGAUGAUGUGGGCAGUCCAGAGGAAGAGGAUUCUCCUCAGCUGCUCAGAACCAGAAGUGAUGCUUCCUUCAUGCACGUUCAGAGGAGGUCAAACACGCGCACUGCCAGAGACCUGCACCGCCUUCGCACACACAGGUUCUCAAUCAACGGACACUUUUACAACCAUAAGACAUCUGUAUUUACUCCUGCAUACGGUUCAGUCACAAAUGUACGAGUAAACAGCUCCAUGACGACAGUACAAGUCCUUAACCUGCUGCUACACAAGUUUAGGGUGGAGAACAAAGCCGAAGAGUUUGUGCUUUAUAUGGUGCACGAAUCUGGUGAGAGGACCCGUCUGCGAGAUGGCGAAUACCCGCUGGUGGCUCGUGUGCUUUACGGACCCUGUGAGAAAAUCUCCAAGAUCUUAAUCACCGAGGCCGACCUGGGAGAGGAAGUCACUUAUGAUGUUGCCCAGUACAUAAAGUUUGAGAUUCCUGUUUUGGACAGUUUUGUGGAGAAACUGAAAGAGGAAGAAGAGCGUGAGAUCAACAAACUAACCAAAAAGUACAGCGCUCUGAGGUUAAUGAUUCAACAUCAGCUGGAAGACAAAGCUGACAACAGUGACCGAGUAUAAGUGUGCUAUGUACAGAAGAUGGCCUGUUUAUGAUUGUUUGUAAAGGUGUGUGUUUGUGUGUGAGGAGGUUGAAUGAAACACUAAUGAUUGUUGAUUUAAGAUGGUAAAUAUUUGUAGUGAAUGUACAGGUAAAUUAAUAUGGCUGCAAAAGAACCAUAUCAGACACCAAUGUGCUUCCACUUUUAGAAAAACAAAACUCAACAGUUUGUAAGAUUUGUUUUUUAAUGUUAUUAUGAAGAAGUUCCUCACAGCGUUGAUAUUUCUACUAUUAAUGUAUUCACUUUCAUAGACAGAUAUUUAUACAAGCUGUUUUUCUGCAACGUUUUCUACAACUUGGACCUUUUUAUGUAAUAAAUCAUGUUUAGUGUGGCCUUUCUAAAUGCUGUUGGAUCUCUGCUGACACCAAACAUAAUACUCAACUCUGAUUUCCCACAAAGAAAACAGCCUUUUUUUUAUUAUUUCCUGCACACUAACCAAGACUGAAGCACAUAUUAGCAUUGUUUUGCUGAGUGACUCUCAGUGCCAGCCCGUUCCCAUGAGCUCAGUGUGUAUUCGUGUGCCUAUCAGCAUUACACAAUGGUGCAUCCUGAGAGGAGGGCUGUUCCUUUUUCCCACAGCCUUACAAACACAGUUUAUCAACCUUGACCUUCAACAUUUACUUAGUCAGUUGGCAGUUAUUAUUUAAAUAAUCAGAUAAUAAUAAAAAAAUUCCCUCCUCAACACGCUUCUUUUGUGCACAGUCUCUCUCUGCACACACCAAGUAAAUAUUCUGUAAACAUCCAGACGUCACUUUUUGGUGAGCCUUUGCAGAAAUAUGUUUUUGAUUGUUGCAAAUAUUACUACAGUCAUCAUCAAGAAAGGCUGCUGCUGUCUAAAUGUUAAUGCAUAAGCCAGAAAGGCACUAAAAUAUGUGGUUUCAAAAUAUCUACAGUCAUGUGCAAAAGUUUUAGGCAUGUAGGAUUCAUUGCAGGGCCUGGUGUGCCAUAGCUGGGGGGGGGGGGGCAGCCAAGGUCAAGCUCAAUGACAUGUCUUUUGUUCAGACUUUUCACCCCUUGUAAUACACCCGCAAAGGGCACUCAAGGUAAUGUAAAUAUAUAGUUACGAAUUAUAAAUACAGGCAUUUCAGUGUGGAAAAAAACACAUAUUACACCUUUUAAAAAGCAGCAUAUAAAUGGGCAUUUACACCUUUUUUUCUAGUUGUGUUUAACAGUAGUUGUUGCUCACUUUGCACGAGUCACAAUGUGUGAAAGAUUACCACAUUUUCCUCUUUCUUACACACACACAUACAUGCAUGCAUGCAUGCACACAUUUCAUUUGUCUACAUGCUCCCUGUGCACACACACAGCAAAUCCAACUGUAAAACGUUAUUUUUUGUGUUUUUAUUUUACUUUCAGUUUGGCAAUAUUUGUGAAAGGCAUCAAGGCAUCAACAUGUCACAUGUGACAAAGGGAUGCUGGUUAAAAGCCUAUAGUAACAUUCAAAGUGUCUUAUCUUUCAAACUGCUUAUGUAACUAAUGAAAAUAAGUUUCUGCUUGCAUGCUUUCUAGUCAUGAGUCACAUUUGCAGAAUCAUAUCCCUCCCCUUUUUAUUACUACCACACCUGCUUGAGAAAUGUUCUGAUCAAACCCACACAGGUUAAUUGUCUAACAACUUAAAGACAUCUGCAUUUAUAAUGAAACAAAGUUAUUUACCCUGCCAGGCAGCCUUCAUGCAUUUCUCCAUAAGAUGUUUUUCUGUAAAUCCCAUGUGAAAGAAAUCAUCUUAAUGGAUAAGACGAGCCAUAUAUGACUAUUACAAUUAAUGAUGAUCUUGAAAUGUUCUCCCUGGGAUAAUGUUGCACAAUCUAAAGGUAUAAUCUCAAGGUAUCUUCAUGUUUUAAUGCAUUUUUUAUAUUGCAUAUACAUCUGUACAUAUUUCUCCUUUUUGGAAAUAAUUUCUGUUUGUUUUAUUGGUGCUAAUUAGUUUUCUACUGGUUCCACCUAUUUUGUCUUUUUCCUUCAUGGUCAUGGGACAGCCUCUCACAUUGGCUGUAGCUGAUACUGGUGAGACCACACCAAAACUGUCUGUUUGCAAGCCCUGAUAAAGGCCCCUAUUGUUGAAACAUGUUGGCUUAUUAGAUGAAUUAGCCAUUUUA